AUGAGCCAAGGAGGUUGGAUAGGAACAUGGAGGCCUCAUCGUCCAAGAGGCCCAAUCAUGGCCCAGUAUACCAGUCCUGGCCCCAAGUACUGCAUACAAGGGGCAACAGGUUAUGUGUCGCACAUUCCCACCAAAAGGAAAGCGCCUGCCUACAGCAUGUAUGGUGCAAAGCCUCCAUCUAGCAAGGACAAUGUUCCAGGUCCUUACUUUGUGCAGGGUACUGUGACUAAUAGAGGAAUUAAGACUGGUCCCUCUUAUUCAUUAAGUGGGCGAACUGAAACAAAAGUGGAGACUACCCCAGGUCCUGCCUGUUACUCACCUGAUAAGGCAAAAAAGGUUAUCUAUAAAGCUUCCCCCAUGCAUUCCAUGGGGUAUCGAACUCAUGGAGGAAAGGUGGAUAGCACACCAGGUCCUAACAAUUAUAUGAUUCCAGAGGUCAUUGGACCACACUCAGUGGCUACCGUAGGCAGCCCUUCCUAUUCUAUGACAGGAAAGAAUAAGCUUGGACGUUUUGAUGAAGACCUUCACAAGACCCCAGGUCCAGCAGCAUAUAACAAGCCCAGUGUAGAGAUCUACAAAAAGAGUGCACCAAAAUAUACCAUGGCAGGCCGACUCAAAGACCAGAAAACUGACAAAAUGCCUGGACCUGCAGAGUACGAACUGGGAAAGGACUAUGAUAUUCAGAAUUCCAACUGUAAUGGAAGCUGUUCCCAUAAACUGAGCUAA